AUGAAGAAGGUGAAGAGUACCUCCAAGUUCCUGUUUUCGGGGUGGAGGGCCAAGCGUGCGGUGGACAAGGUCGAGCCCCUCCUUCCCUCCUCCGCGGUCGGCACCGCCAUCUUUUCUGGUAUGAGCGAGGAUGGAGAGAGCAGCAGAGAGGGCUCCACGCGCAGUGUUCAGACGUCGUGGGACAAACCGAAGCAGUGGAAGGGCCGUCGCUGCCCGGUGUGGCUGAACUUGGUCAGCAUCGCUGCGGGCAUCGGCGGGCUCAUCAUCGCGCUCCUCGUCCUCUUCCUCUACUGGCGACCCGAUGGGUGGCGAGACGACGGCAACGACUCCCUCAAGCUCACCCUCAUCGCCACCGUUGGCGCCGGAGCGGUCUUGGCGCUGUCGUGCACGCUGAUGGUGGGCUGCUGCUACUGCCUGGUGUGCCACGGCGAGUUCUGGCAGCGAAGGAAGUGGAAGCGGUAUCUCGACCACGAGGAGCAGGAGAUGCACUCCAUGGGCCAGAUCGCGGACAAGUACCAGCGCGCCAAGGACGACAAGAAGGCCCGCCACGACGCCUACCGCACCCGCGCCUACGAACUCAUGCGCGGCGACAAGUGA